AUGGUUUUAAAACCGAAGCGAGUUGCUACUACAGCAACAAGUAAGGCUGCUGCACGCAUGCGUGCAGCCGCGGAAAGUGCCUCUCACACCUCAGCAGCAGGUGAUUUGUUGCCUGCUGCUGUGAACAGUCCACGUGGUGAGUCACCACGUGCGACAGGUACAUCCGCUGCGUCUGCAGCGGAUACCGCGAAUCGUAAUCCAUAUGAGUCUGAAAUAGAGUUCAUCUAUUCUGGCGAGUCGGAUGAUGUAUUCGACGCAAAGGCGACAUCGCAUGCCUCCGGAUCAUCCGGGGCGGAUACUGCAAGAGCCAGGUUGACUGGCUCAGGUCAACGUAGCGGCUUCAUGCUCGAUAUCUUCGGAUUAAGCGAAUAUUCCGACGAAUCCUCGGUUCACGCGAGUCCAUUCAGCGAUAGGAUGCGUGGAGAUGGUGGUGAUGCACCUAUACAUCACCAUGAGCGAAGUAACUCGAGAGAUCGAGCUGUCGCUGGUGUCAGUGCUUAUGCUGACACCAAUCAAGAGGCCAGGGACCGAAAUGUCCUGCGCCACGCUCCUCAAGUGGAGUCUCCUUGGAUGCCGUAA